AUGGCUCAGGAUAAACCUGGUGAACAGCGACUACUCGAGAGUCACAUGCUCUCAGAACUGGAAGUGUGUGGCCUUGAAGACACAAGUCAACUUUUGGACUUGUGUACUGAUGAAACUGAGAGUGUGGUACAGGAAACAUCUCAUAGCAACAUUUCAGUUGAAAGCACCACUGUAGUUGAACUAAACAAUGACCACCAGCUUCUCCCUCACAACUCUCAUGAAUCAGCAUGUCAGACUAAUACAAGAGUCCAUAGUGAUGAGAAACCUUUUUCUUGCAAAACAUGUGGAAAAGGAUUCAAAUAUAGUAGCAUCUUAAAAGCCCACAUGAGAGUUCACACUGGGGAAAGGCCAUAUUCCUGCAUCACCUGUGGGAAAACAUUCACUAAGAAUUCACAUUUGAAGUCACAUAUAAGAGUUCAUACUGGGGAGAAGCCAUUUUCCUGUAUAACCUGCGGGAAAACAUUCUCUCAGACAUCAACUUUGAAGUCUCAUACACAAAUCCAUACUGGGGAGAUGCCAUAUUCCUGCAUCACUUGUGGGAAAACAUUCACUAAGAAAUCACAUUUGAAGUCACAUAUAAGAGUUCACAGUGGGGAGAAGCCAUUUUCCUGUAUAACCUGCGGGAAAACAUUCUCUCAGACAUCAACUUUGAAGUUUCAUACACAAAUCCAUACUGGGGAGAAGCCAUAUUCCUGCAGCAUCUGUGGGAAAACAUUCACUGAUACAUCAAAUUUUAAUCGUCAUAUAAGAAUCCAUGUUCAGGAGAAGCCGUUUUCUUGCUUCACCUGUGGGAAAACAUUCUGUGACAAAUCAAAUUUGAAGUCUCAUACAAGAAUUCAUAGUGGGGAGAAGCCAUAUUCCUGCAUCACCUGCGGAAAGACAUUCUCUCAGACAUCACAUUUGAAGUCUCAUACAAGAAUCCAUACUGGGGAGAAGCCAUAUUCCUGUAAAAUAUGUGAAAGAAGUUUCAGACGUUCUAGUGACUUAAUUGUCCACAUGAGAAGAACCCACAAAGGUGAAAUGUCAUAGAUGCAACUCCUGCAGAAAAUAGUCUGAGCAAUUUUUCAGAAUAAAAACGAGUUGAUGCUUUUUAUAAGAAGAGAACACAAAUGCUCCAUUUGAGAGAAAAGUCUUUUCAGUAAUCUCUUCUUCCGGCAGACAGACAGAGAGAGGCGACCUUGGUGCAUGGAGUAGAGAUGCUGCGCUGGGAACCGCAAGGUUGUUAGUUCGAACCCUCCCAACUCCAUUUCCUGUCAAAGUGUCCCUGAGGAGGACACCCAACUGCUCAUUGAGGACCCUUACUGCAGCACACUACUCCCACUGUGUGAGAUGGGUUAAAUAUGCAAUAAAAAUUGCUUUAGAUAAAACCUUCAGGUAAAUGACAUGUAAUAUAAUUUAAUGUCAUUAAAGUUAAAGAUUGA